GACUGUGUCGGGGUGGAGAUAUUAUCGUGGCACCCAGCAGCUGGCAAUGGGCGAAUCCCAACGAGUACGUUCACGAAAAGUUGCCAGACGGCGUGCAUACAUUAAUCAUAGCUUGUUCGGCGAUGUGGUACCAAUCCAGGACACCGGAUAUCAACGACAAUGCUAGAAAUAAGAAGGAUACCGAAUGGUUGGACGACGACAGAAGCGCGAGCAACUCGACAUUGUCCGAUGACGACAUGCCGAGCACGGAGGCUGAGGCGGUCUUAAUGAACUUGACGGGUGACACUCUGAAAAUUCAGACGCUCAAGCAAGUCGAUUACAGUCUGAGACCCAAGGUCGUAAAAGCAGCUAAGAUGCAGCUGAAGGACUCGCUGAAGAGCUACAUGCUCAGGCCGGUAAUACGAUCCGUGGAGAUGGACGAGCCGAUGGAGCACCUCACGGAGAUGCGGCAAGUGGUAAUCCUCUUCAUCAACGUCAUCACGGCAGACAUCGAGAUGAAGAAGUUGAUCUCGCUCGUCAACGUGUCUUACUUAUUGGUGUGCGGGAGAGUCGACGAGAUGCGGGGAUGCGUAAACAAGACGUCGCUCUUCGACAAAGACCUGGUAUUCCUCUGCGUGUUCGGCCUGCGUGGCGACAAGCAGGAGUUAGAAUCGCAGAUCGGUCUAAGAUGCGCCAGUAAGGUGCGACAGGAUCUCUUGGAAAUGGAACACGUCAAAUCCGUGACGAUCGCCGUCACCACCGGGAUUACAUAUUGCGGCGUGGUCGGCCACAUCUUGCGAAGAGAAUACACCGUGAUCGGCAUUUCGGUGAACAAGGCGGCGCGUUUGAUGUGCGCGUACAACAACAAGGUGAUAUGCGAUCGCGAAAGUUUCCUGCAUUCUCACCUCGAAGCGAGGCAUUUUAUACUUCAAGAACAGCGAUACCUGAAAGGGAUCACGAACGUCGGUCCUGUCUAUGAGUUUCGGGAACUAGCAAAACACGAAAAGCUUGAGCUGAUAUGGAGCAAGUAUCCUUUACUCGGACGAGAAAUGGAAAUCAGGAUUUUCCAGCGAAUUCUGACGGACCUAUUAGAACACUCGACCGCAGAGGAAGCGACGCUGCAUUCGAGGCCCAAGUACAACAUGCUGAUCAUAAAGGGCGAGUAUAGAAUCGGCAAGACAAGAUUGCUGGACGAAAUCGCGCAGAAUAUUCCUCCGGGUGUAACGUGCAAUUACAUCUCCUUGGUCAUGAAUGACGCUAAGGUUAACGUGCCUUCUAGGUGAUGGGGUGAAAUUAUCUCUCUUUUCGCGCAGAUUCCGUACAGUCUGCUCCAACUGAUCUUCUCAAUGCCGUUGGGCUUCAACGUCGCCACCACGCCGAAGGAGCGCGAAGACAAGCUGAUCUCUCGACUGGGCCGCAUACGUCAGCCGGAGUUCCUCUGCGCCCUCAAUGAGCCUUUCAACGUUCAUUUCACGAUAAGCGAGCGCUACAAAGAGCUGCCCGAAAUGUUGAAGUACAAGGUGCUGCGUAAGUUUCUGCUGAAACUGACGAAAGGCUGCUUCGAGAAGCUGUGGGUGAUAAUCAUCGACGAUGCUGAAUGCGGCGACGAGGAUUCCGUGCUGUUAUUCCGCACGAUGAUGAAGCAGGACGCGGUGUUCUUCGUCCUGGGCGUCGGACGCAAGAUCGAGGAGUAUGAGCUGCAUCCAGCCGUUAUGGAAAGGGCCCAGGUCAUCGAAUUGAGACACAUAGACAAGUGGUACCACGCAGCCCUCGCGUGUCAGAUUCUGAACGUUCGCGCAAUUCCCGUGGAACUUGAGAAACUGAUACAAGAAAAAAGUCACGGCAAUCCGGGGUGGAUAGAAAGCUUUCUGGUGAGCCUCGUGCAAUCCGGCGACCUCACGAUAGUGAAUAUCCUCAAAACGCAAGCGGAAAUGAUGGGCUACGUGCUUCCACCUGUCACUAUGCUGAAGAGAUUUGUAGCGGAGGACGACGUUCAUAUGGACGUCGAGGAUAACGAAGACGAGCGCACGGACAAGUGGAAGAUGUACAAGACGAGUUUUCAAGAUAACGUGGUACUAUUGCCGAAACCAACGGCUGCACCGAUUAAUGACAACGCGACAAUCGCUGUUUGCAAGUUCACAAGGGAUCUCGCUCCAGAAAACGGAUCGACCGAAGUAACAAUGGAUGUGAUGAUCUUGAAGCUCUUCGACUCGUUAACUCCCCUGGAUCAACUGUUGCUGAAAUGCGCGUCGGUGUUGGGGGAGAACGUCAACAGAAGAAUGCUGCAGAGCUUGAUGGAGGAAAUAUCUGUGAAGGAGAUAGGACUUUCCGUUCGGAAACUCUUCGAAAUUCGAAUUCUCGGAUGCGGAGUGGGCGACUUCACUGCGAGUUCCAGGAUGCUGAUAUUUCACAGAAAAAUAAGGAACGUCCACGUCGAGAGAGAAGUUAAGUGCGAAUGUAUAGGCCUCAAGAUAUCGGACGAACUCGCCGAUCUGCCGCCGUACGCGUCUUGCGGCCUGAUGCGCUUCAAGAUAUCGAUGUUCCGCGAAACCACCUACAGACUGUUGACGGAACAUCAGAAGAUGGAAUUGCACAGCAAGGCGCUGAAGUACCUCCGGCAACACACCCGACGAUGCCUGACGUGCGGCGAACUGCAAUUCACUAAAUUAUUGGGCAAGACGACCACGCCAGAAAUCAAGAAGAGGAAGCCGACCGUCAGUCACCUUUUAGAAACGCGAUUCGGCGAAACGGACUCCGUCCUCGAGCAGGAAGAGAAGCACACUGCUUACUUGAGUACGCAGGAUCUCAAACUGAUGAGCGAGGAAAGAGCGGCGACGUGUCUUAACAUCUUUCGUAAAGCGAGCAGGAAGCCGAUGAAGACCUUCUCCAACGUCGACUUCGCUAACUGUCGAUGUCACAUCAUAUUAACGACCAUCUACUCGCAGAUACUGGAGCACUGCCACGGAAUCGGAAAGAAGGAACUGAUCCUGACGGCGAUUUUGGAGUUCGCGGAGGUAUGUCUGACCAGUUACAACGUACCGCAAGCUCGCAGACUUCUCAACGAUGCCGAGAACUUGCUUCACAAUAUGUUCGACAAGGAGGAACUGAUAGUCCUGCCUUAUCUCACCGCGAAAAUCCAGACGCUCGAGGGUAGGUGUUACCUGGACAGUGGUAUCAUCUUGGAAGCGCAGAAGAAGCUGGAUGAUGCAAUGAAUACUCUGGGCUAUCGUUUCCCGAGGAGCGAUUUGCUGAUUAACCUAAAGUCGACUACUCAGCUCGAACUGCUCAGAUGGAGAUUUGUCUGCCGAAAACGCCGGGAAAACGACACUGUCGACCAAGACACCGCGAAUUACAUCGAACAGCUGGCCAAUUGCUUGGCGCUGAUGUUCGAAAUUUUCAGAACGAAAGGAAUGAAGAAGCACGCGCGAUUGGCAGCCUCCUGGAGCCUGAACACCGUGCUGAACUUGUCGAGAGAUUUCCUCACGAUCUGCACCUCCUUCACCAACAUGAUGAUUACCGCACACGUCUAUCAGACCAAGUCAAUUGUCCCCUACCUGGAGAACGAGGCUCUCAGUUUCUGCGCGGAGAAGGAGGAUUCCCUCGAGUUCCAAGAGCUCAAAGCCAUUGGCGAGCUUUACGCGAGCGUAUUCUUUUCCAGGUGGGUGAGGGGAGAGAUCCAGAAAGCGAUCAAGAUCGGCUUCAUCACGACGAGAAUGGCGCAGACCAUGGGUUCCGUUUUUCUUAAACUGCUUGUGUUACCGACGUUAGUCCACCUCCUCAUGAUCUCCUGCCGUCACUCGGAAGUUGUGGCCUUGCUGAGGGAAUUGGAAUUUGCGUCGCAAAGUGAUCUGGAUAAAUCAGGCCGCACUUGGUAUUAUGCAACAUGCGCCGACGUGCAACUCGACACCGGACUUACGAUUCUCUCUUAUCAAAAUUGCGAACGGUAUUACCUUCAAGAAGGAGAGACCAUGAUCAGCCUGCGAGAUCCGGAAGCGGAGAGACGAUAUUUCACCUCCAUGUGGUUGUGGUGCGUCAGGACGCAACAAUGGGAAGCGUCGAGGGUUUGGGACAGCAGGAACGUGACAAUCGAGAGCGUGAUGGACGAGCACACAGCGGCAACGACGAUCACCGCGUUGAAGAAACUCGAGGGUCUCUUGAUUUUAUACGUGCGAGACGUUACCAGCAAGAGCACUCGCGUGAUAAAUACGAUGGCGGAAAUUAAGGAUACCUUUAAACGUGUCGAGAAAAUGAUAAAAAUUGUGAAACUUGCGAUUCCCAGGUAUAUGUUGCUGAGGGCUUACUAUUAUAUGAUUCAAUCGCAAAAAGGGGCUGCGAUGAGGCUUCUGCGACGGACAAAAAAAUUAUCCAAGAAAGUGGAUAACAAAAUGAUCUACUUAUGGGCGAAUCAUUGUGAACAGGCUUGGAUGGGUGUCAUAUCUUCCAUACAAGAAGACUUGUGGAAAGAUAGGACUAUGAUCAAGACGAACGACGAGUGGGACGAAGUGAAUGCCAACGAUUCAACGACCAUAUCCUUCACAUUUCCAUUGCCGAGAUAGAUUUUAGGAAUAUCUUUUAGGAAUAUAAAUUUUGUUAAACCAGUCUGCGGUUUACGACUCUCUUGA